GGGAGAAACACUGAAAUGAUCGGCCGCCGUUCACAAAGACGGGCCUACCAAAACAUUUCUCUGUGUUUCUAAACAAUUUCUCGAAACACAGUACAAAGGAUUCUCUGAGCAUUCACUGGUUUACUGUGGAUUGCUUUGACGUGACAUCUAGCAUGCUAACUAGUUUCAAAUUGAAAACUCACUGAUCUGUCGACCGUGAAGUUGUGAAUUACAAUUCAAGGCAUCUUUGGGUUCUUGGCGCAAACAGUUUCUUCUUUUAAGUAAGAGUAUGGAAUACUUGUCAGAAAGAUUUGACCAGUUCUUUGCCUGGUUCUGGUCUGAAAGGAUCUGGCUUCCUGAAAUUACAAACUGGGAGAAGGUUAAGGCCCUCAAGAAUCCCCAAGCCGUGGCACUUGGUGACAUCUAUCUAUGCAUCCCAGUUGCUGUUGUGCUUAUUAUCCUGCGAAUAAUAUUCGAAAAUUUCAUAGCUCGUCCCAUCGUCAAGUUCUUGGGAGUAAAAGAAAAGAAACCUGUUAAGAUUCGAGAGAGUGACCUAUGCGAACAAGUGUACAGAAAGAGUCGAAAACCAAAUAAGGAACAAAUUCAGGAUCUGUCUUCUCGGUUGGGAUGGUCCACACAGGAGGUGGAGAAAUGGUUCAGACGACGCCCUGCUAAGUACAAUUUGUCCCCUAUGAGGAAGGCCACAGAGAGCAGUUGGAGGUUUUUCUUCUACCUCACAGCAACAAUCUAUGGAUUCAUUGUGAUAGUGUACAAGGAAAACUGGCUCUGGAACCUGGAUGAAUGUUUCAAAGACUUCAAUUCCCAUGUUAUAUCAAUGGAGCUGUAUUUUUACUAUGUAGCAGAACUGGGAAUGUAUAUAUCAUUAUCAUUCUCCCAAUUCACAGAUGUAAAGAGAAAGGAUUUCUGGCAGCAUAUGGUUCAUCAUGCGUCAACCAUAGCACUCCUCCUCUACUCCUACAUAGCCGGCUACCACAGAAUAGGGGCGGUCAUUGUAUUCGUCCAUGACAUCUCUGACAUAUUUCUUGAGGGAGCCAAAGUGUUUCAUUAUGCCAAACUCCAAAAGAUCUGUGAUGUCCUAUUUGGGCUUCUCACACUGACAUUCUUUGGAAGUCGAUUGAUGAUUUUACCCUUCUGGGUUCUACCAGCUUGUUUUACGACUGCCACAAAGUAUGUUGGUGACUUCCUUGUGUACCGUAUUAUGCUGGGACUUCUGCUAGUUCUCCAGACACUCCAUAUUUACUGGGCCAAAUGUAUCCUGACAAUUGCCAUUGGAGCGGUCACAGGAAAGGGCGUUGAGGAUGUUCGCAGUGAUGAGGAGUAUUUCACAGAAGACGAAAAUCAUAAAAAGCCAGCUGUGAAGGAGGAGGUGCCUGCUAAUGAAGUAAAGAAAAUCCAGUGAAAUCUAACACUGCUCCAAGAAACAAACUCUAUGAGGUUUCACUAUAUAUGCACCUGUUUCAAAAGGUUGCCGUCCGCACUAACAUGGAUUAGUUUCUAUCCGUUGCCGUCCGCACUAACAUGGAUUAGUUUAUAUCCAUAUACUUUUUGAUACGUUUAGGCCUUCUGUCCAGAUCCAUCGAAUCCAGAUACUUUUGAAAACGCUGCGAAAGUGAAUCAAAAUGUAUCCGUGUACUUUGAUCUGUAGUGUGGAGGAUUGAAUCCGUAUCAAAAUGAAAACAAUGGCCGCAUAUCGCAGGCACAUGCUGCUUUGAGCAUGCCCAUACCAUAAAGAUGACGCCACCCUGUACCUUUCAGCGUUUUCAAACGUUUGAAUCCGUGUUAGUGUGGACGGCUGGAUCCAGGCCAACACAAUACGAAAA